AUGUAUAAUUUAUUUUAUAGUCAGAAUACUACUUCUGCUACAAAAAUUUAUCAACAUUUGGGUUUUCCAAAAGGAAGAGAUGAUAUUAUAGAACAAGGUUAUAGACCAUGUGCUCUACAUAUAUGGGGUACUCAUAAUCUUAGUACACAGGAUAUCUUGUCUUGGUUAUCUGGUUACAAUCCGAAAAGUAUAGAAUGGAUAAAUGAUGCAUCAUGUAAUGUGGUGUUUGACGAUGAAAAUAGUGUUCUACGCGCAAUAUCUGAUUCAGCAGAACCAUUUGAUCGUCGAGUGGCACUAGCAGCAGCCGCUGCUCUUGCCUCACUUUUAGAGAAAGAUGAUGAAACUACUGAAUUAAAUUUAAGUAGUCAAUCAGAGAACUUAGAUGAAACUUGUAAUGACUACAAGUCUUUAACUGUAUCAAAUGAAACAUUGGAUUCUAUUGAACAGUUUUCACAACAUUUACCUCCAACUGGACGCUGGUAUAAAGCUUUAUCAGUUCCACCUCAAACAAUAUCACUUUUCUUAAGAUUUCCACAUAAAACAGAUGUAAAGUUGCCUGGUGCAGAACGUCGAAGUCUUUACUAUCGUCGUUUUGGUAAUCCUAAUUAUGGUGGAAUGACAGGUAUUUUAAGUCGUUCAUACAGACGACGUGUUCGUAUAUCUCGAAUAAAGUCAAGUAAUGAUCCAAAUGGUGAUUCUCGGCAUAUAGAAAGUUUAUCUGCACAAUUUGCUGAAAUGGUUGCCAAUGCUUAUGAUUAUCCUGAAGCAGUAGUUAGCCACAUAACUGGUAAAAAUAACUAUAAUAUAUGGAGUUCAAUUUCUCAAGGACCUGCACCUGAACGUCCACUGAUUGUUUAUGAUAAUCUCUACGAGGAAUCAGAGCAAAUAAGUUGUCCUACAGUAUCAUCUAAAUAUACUACAAAAUGUAAUACAAGACAACGUCGAAAUGCUAGUGAGUUUCCUUUGCCUAAAUUGACCAGGCAACCUCGUAAAUGGCCUCGUCGAGAUCGUGGUCCAGUACCAAAUCGUUGGGUAAUAAAUGAGAAUGAAGAUGAUGAUGAUAUAUUCGAGACUCCAGAACCUGGAACGAUUGUAGUUCUUGACCCACGAGAACCAUGGGGAAAUGCACUAUCUGGUGAUCCUAAGCCUGUUAUGUAUCCAAGUAGUCGUAAUUAUAUCAGAUCAACUAACCGUCAUUAUCCACGUGAAAUUGCAACUGUCACUUUGAUGCCUGACUCUGAUAUUGACAAUGAAACGGAUCCAAUCGAAGCAGAAAAUGCUUUCAGAACCAAACGUUUAUUGGCUUCAAUGAGUAUGGUAGCGGAUAUGGAAUCUCAUCCAGCAAAAUCACGAUCUGUUUCAGAACGUCUUGGUAUACCUGGAAAUCGUCCAAUCAAAUCACAUAAACCAAACGUCUGGCAGCGUUUAGGCUAA